AUGGAGCCGCACCGCCUGCGCAGCGAGACCCCGACGGCGUCCAGCCGCAGCUCCACUGACCUGCUGUACGACAGCUGCCCCCCCUGCUCCCUGCGGAGGGGGGGGCCGCGCCCGGGGGGGGGACGCCCCGCCGCGGCCAGUGGCCUCCCGGCGGCGCCUCGUGGACCCCGGGCCGGCCCGGCCCCCGGCGCGGCUCACGUUCCCACGCUACCCCCGGGGGCGGGGCGGUCCGGGGCUGGAGCCCGGCCAGACCACAGCUACUGCAGCUGGGCCGGGGGCCGGGGGGCCGAGGGGGGGUGGGGCGACGGACGGCCGCCGGGGGAGGGAGCGGGGGGAGGAGGAGCGGAGGGCUGCGGGGGGGAGGAGAUGGACAGCCCCAGUCCGGCGCGCAGCGUGGACCACCAGAGCGUCCUGUCCGUCUACGACAACCUCCGCGAAGGCGCCACCCCCGACGACAGGGCCACGCCCGACGACAGGGCCACGCCCAUGGAGACCAGGACCCUGUUCCUCCACAGCGAGGAGGACGGCUUCCUGUUCCCCCACAGCGAGGAGGACGGCUUCCUGUUCCCCCCCAGCGAGGAGGACGGCUUCCUGUUCCUCCACAGCGAGGAGGACGGCUUCCUGUUCCCCCACAGCGAGGACCAGCUCGGCCUGCUGGGCUCGGGGCGGGGCGCGGCCAGCCGGGACAGCAGCCCGUGGUCCUCCUGUGAGAUAAUCCUGGCGGAGAGCCGGCUCAGCGACGGGCCCGGGGGGCCGGGGGAGGGGCCGUCCCACACGCUCACGGCCAGCCUGCCUCCGCUGGACCGGGACCGGGCGGCCCCUGCCGGGGCGAGGGUCCCUCCGCCGGUGCCCCGGGCCGACCCGGUGGCCCGCGCCCUGCGCAGCGUGCUCACGGGGCUGCAGCACCAGAUGGGACGCCAGCGGGACGAGUACGAGGCCAGGAUCAGCAGCCUGGAGCAGAGGAACAGGGAGCUGCAGAGCCAGUUGCUGGGUCUGAAGGCCAACCUGUCGCAGCAGCGCCGCUGGUACCAGGCGGUCCAGGCCAGGAUUCAGGAGUCGGAGCGGGCCCGGGCCGCCGCCGAGACCCGCAACGCCACUAUCCAGCGAGAGAUGGACCAGUUCUUUGACACCUUCGGGGAGCUCAACAACGAAGCCAGAAAGGCCGAGCGGAUUGUCCGGAGCUUCUGAGAGAGGGGGGCGGGGUUGUCCGGAGGGUGAACCAACGAUGAGAAACGUUAAUACACGGACGACCAGAAGAAGCGUCCUGCCAGGGGGAGAAUGGCGCAUUGCCACUUCCAUGCCACGUGUUUACUGAGACAUUUGGCUGACAAGUGAAGACACUAAAAUGAGAGCACUGUGUUCUGCGUCAGGGUAAUGAAAUAGUUAUUUCAGAUCCAGGAUCAGAUUGUCUCCUUUUCGAUCAGAAAAAGCUAUUGGAAAAAGUUUGGUGAAACAUUGCUUUAAGUGUUUAUCUCCUGGUGCUAAUAUAAGGAAACAAAACAAAAACAUUGUAUGUUUUAAUAAAUUAAUGUAUUUAGAAAUAUAAGAAAAAUAAAUCACACAAAGGCAUACUAAUAAA